CCUUUUCCUCCGCUUCCGGCCUUGGCGGGCAAGAUGGCGGCGGUGGGCCUCUCGAAGGCGGAGUACCUGAAGCGUUACUUGGACGGAGGAGGAGGAGGAGGCGGCGGGAAGGAGGCGGAGGAGGAGGGCAAGAAGCGGCGCCGGAGGAGGAAGAAGGAGGCGGAGGAGGAGAAGGGGGCGCCCAGGAGCCGGAUGCGCAUCGUGGAUGACGAUGACACAAGCUGGAAGAGCGUUCCUGUGGAGCAGGACAAUGCGGAUGAGGAAGGGGAGGAAGGGGAUUUGCCUGUGGUGGCAGAGUUUGUUGACGAGCGGCCAGAUGAAGUGAAAUGGAUGGAGACGUUCCGCACCAGCAACAAAUGGAAGCUGAUGGGAGAACAAAAGGAGGAGGAGCCCCAAAAGUCUGAUCAUUCUGCUUUUGCAAAAUCGGCAAACAGUUCAGAAGCUGCAAAGCAACAGAAAACGGCCCCUUUCCCAGAUCAGUCCCCGCCAAGAAGGAGCCGCCAUGAUUCACCGGACGCGUCUCCGCCCAGGAAAGGCCGCCAUGAUUCGCCGGACCUGUCCCCGCCCAGGAGGGACCGUCAUAUGGGGCCCCAAUCCGGAGCAAGCGGAAACAACAGCAGGUCUUUGGACCAAGGCCGGCGGGAGCGCUUCCCGGAAAAGGACGCAGCCCGUCCGAAGAGGCAAGCAAGUCCUGAUGCAGCGGCACCUCAGAAGAAGACACACCGUUCGGAUGCAGACCUGCUGCUGCCUCGAAAGCAGCCGGCACCCAGAGGCGACAAGGCCGCCCCUUCCCCACAGAGGCGCCAAAGGCACGAUUCCGAUUCCAGUUCGGCUUCCCCUUUGCGGCGCAGCCAGGCCGGAGCAGACUCAGACUCAGACCUGUCCCCUCCGCGGCCCUCUCUCAACCCGCAGCCUCGGCAGGGCUCUCCUUCGGACCUCUCUCCGCCCAGAAGGAAGCGCCGCGUAUCGUCAGGCUCUUCGGACUUGUCUCCUCCCCGACGGGGUCGAGAGCCCCCACGGAAAGGCCGCCGGUCCAGGAGCCCCCCUGACCGCUCGCCUCCCCAUCGGACAGAGGAUACCAAAGGCAGGGGCAGCGGCCAAAGGGACCCUCAGAUGCUGUCGGGCGGCAAGGCGGGCCUGGUGUCGGCGGAGUUGCUGCGGAGGGAACAGAAGGAGCGAAGGCAGCAAGGAAGCGGCAGCAGCAAACACCUGGAAGCUGAAUCUCAACAUGCCGAGACCGUUUUCCGGGACAAGUCUGGCCGCAAGAGGGACCUACAACAGGAGAAGCUGGAGCUGCAGAAGAAGGCGGAGGAGAAGUCCGAGCGAGAGUUGCAGUACGCCCAGUGGGGGAAAGGCCUGGCGCAGAGCAGGCAGCAGCAGCAGAACGUGGAGGACGCCGUGAAGGAGAUGCAGAAGCCCCUGGCGCGCUACAUCGACGACCAGGACCUGGACAAGAUGCUCCGGGAGCAGGAGCGGGAAGGCGACCCCAUGGCCGGCUUCCUGAGGAAGAAGAAGGCCAAGGAGAGGAAGGACGUGAAAGAAAAGCCAAGAUAUAAUGGCCCAGCGCCUCCGCUGAACCGGUUUAACAUCUGGCCUGGGCAUCGCUGGGACGGAGUCGACAGGUCGAACGGUUUUGAGCAGAAGCGCUUUGCCAGGCUCGCCAGCAAGAAGGCCGUGCAGGAGUUGGCCUACAAGUGGAGCGUGGAGGACAUGUGAGGAGCAAGGGCCUCUUGGCCAACACGAUCCACCUUCUGUGCCACAGAAAGUGACUCCAGACUGGCAGAUGGGAAGGAUUAAAGGGCCUCAAGUCCAUCAUAGGGGGGCCUCAAUUCCAUCAUGGAGAGGCCUCAAUUCCAUCAUCGUGGGGCCUCAAUUCCAUCAUGGAAGAACAUUGAGUUCAUCAUCGUGGGGCCUCAAGUCCAUCAUGGAGGAGCCUCGGGUCCAUCAUGGAGGCUCAGUUGAAGACCACGGUUUCCUUGAUCUCCUCGAUUGCAGCCAGUUCUGUCAGGGUCCUCUUUGGGGAACCUUCCUUUCAUGCCGGAGAGUAGAAGGCCAUGGUUUCUGGGGGGAUUGGAGGCUUUGCGCUCUGAGUUAAAUGCUGCACCGGGUUCAGCUCCCUUUGCUGCCCGGCUGGGGAUGCCUCCUUGAGAGCGCAAAGUCACCGGCUUGGAUAUUGCUUUAAUGCUUUGCCCACAAACUCACUGCCGGUAUCAACUCAAGACGUUGGCUGAGAAGUCAAGGAAGCCUCUUGUUCUUGGAGAAAGGGCUUCGGCUGGACAUCAAAUCAAGACUUUUUCAUAGGAAGCUCCAUUCCUGGCAUCUCGGGGGACAGGGUUGAAGAAGGCUGUCCGCAGCCAGUAUUUCUUCUCUCCUUUGUAAUUUGGACGCGCUGUUUGUAUCUAAUGACAUUUUAACAAAAAACAGUAGUGUGUCUUUUAAAUGCUUCACUGCCAUGUUGAUAUGAAUGAACGGGAUGGCAGAUGGUUGACUGGGCCGAUUACGAGUUUGUGUUAAUACAUUCCUUUUUAUAAAAAAAAAAAAAAGAU